AUGUACAUGACACGCCUUGUAAAGCUGCUAAUGGUAGCGCUUGCCGUUGUCUGCGUCGCUCAGGCAUCAUGGAUUGAUAUCAACAAGAUUCACUUGCGGGAGCGUCGACUCGUCCGCAGAGCAAGCCCAAGCCAGUCCGAUGACUCACAACCAAGCGCAACUGCAUCUGACAGCAACCCUUCAGCUACUCAAGCAGACUCAGCAUCCGAUCCUGCUCCUACUGAUGCAGCUGACCCUACCUCGGAUGACUCUGCCAAAACCGAUGCUGGGCCUACUCAGGCUACCAACGACCAAACAAAAGCAUCUGCCACUGAUGCUGAGCCUACCAACAACGAUUCUGCAAAGACAACCGCUGCUGAUACCUCCCCCACAAACGCUUCUCCAACCAGCAAGCCCGCUGAGAAGUCCAGUGCUGCUGAUAGCAAGGCCUCCGAGACAGCCGCUGCCACCCAAUCUGAAGCUACCGACAACGUCGAGUCAUCGGCUUCUGCUACUGACGCCAAAACUGCUGCUCAGUCGACAGCCAACUCCCCAGCAGCCACCAGCACCUCCAGCAACAACCAGAACAGUGACGACGCCAGUAGCACCGCCAGCGAGAACAACGACGAGGCUUCCAGCACUGCCGCCGAUAAGAACACCCAAACUACUGCUAAGCCUGUUACCUCUACACACGUCGCCGUCGUCACAAGGACAAACAGCGAUGGUAACCUUGAGACCAUGACCACUACGAGUGUGUCUACGUCAACACCUGGUCUGAGUGACGGUGAUGACGACGGGAGCUCUUCAGGCAUGUCGGCCAAGACCCGCAACACAGUCAUUGGAGUUGUUGUCGGUAUUGGUGGCGCAAUUGUCGUUGGUGCCCUUGGCCUGGUCGCAUGGCGAAUUUGGGGCCGCAAGAAGCACCAAGAGGAAGCCGAUGGUCUCAUGGACUUCAAUGAGAACAAUAGCCGUCCUAGCAGCAACGGCCCUUAUCACAGCGUUGAGAAGACUGAGUACGGUAGUGUCGGGAGCUCAGGGCCUCAACGCAGCCCAUUCCAAUCCACGCUAGACACUUAUCACCAACCAACACCCGUGAACGCCUCGUCCAACUUUUAA